AUGAACCUACCUUCCUACCUCCUCGCGAACGGGAACCACGUCAACGGAGUUGUGCUGGGAAGCCCACGCACUCCAAACUUCAUACCCAGUCGCCCAACGGGAGAUAUGGCCGGCGCAAUGAACCCUGGCGGUCAGGGAGGCAGCCCCGGCGGGCUCAACAAUGGCAACCCAUCGGGCGCACAGCCCCAGGCCACCGAGUAUACGCUGCAAGGUGUAAUGCGCUUCCUCCAGACCGAAUGGCACCGCCAUGAGCGCGACAGGAACUCCUGGGAGAUCGAGAAGCAGGAGAUGAAGGGUCGCAUCGCGAACCUUGAAGGCGCUGCGAGACGUGCUGAUGCAACACAGAAGGCCUUGAAGAAGUAUGUGGCCAUACUCGAGUCUAAAGUUAAGGACCAGGCUGCACAACUCAAGGCCGCUGCCGGUGGGAAGGAAGUGGAAGACCAGAGCGCCAAGCCGAAGAAGUUGGACCGUGAAGAGUUGAUACAGGCAAAACUGCGGUCUGCGUCCGAGAAGGUUCCUGGCGCGUCCCAGGAUCUGGGUGUGGAUCUCGAGCGCAUAGACGACGACGAAUCGCAGCGAUCCGAACUCAAGACCUUCCUCGAUCAGUGCCAAGCCGAGUUCACCUACCUAAUGAUCACACCUGCAAACCCCAUGCCUCCACGCGAAUCGCCCCCGCUGCCAAUCCUAGAGGACCUGCGAGAAGGCGAGGGCUACGGGCUGCCCAACAACCAGCAGCAGAUGGACCCCGUGUAUCGUCAGGCUCAAAACAACUUGCGCGAAGUUCUGGGAAGGCAGCCGGCUGCUAUGAGCAACCAUGUGCAACCAAUGCAGCAACAAUCUGGUGGCCAGCUGUCGGUAAAGAAUCCCGAUAUCCAGCAGCCCCAGCCAGCAGCUGUCGCACAGCCAAUGGUGAGGUCUGCGGAAGGCCAACAGGGCUACGAUAGCACUCCGGACUGGCCCGGAUCUGCGUCAGUCACCAGCCGGAUGAUUGACGAGGUACCCCCAGAAUCGAACCAAGGUCCCAAGCCUCCUGUUCAGUCCGAGAGAGUCGGCUUCGAUGGGGCGAAACCAGAUGCGAUAGACCCUGAUGGAUGGGAUUUCAACGACUCAUCGUUCCCAGACCCUGCCGGUCAUGCCCAGCCGUCUACCUCAAAUCGACCCGAUACCGAUGUUUUCCCGACCGCCGACAACCUACCCAAAUCGCCGAACCGAGGACCAUUGGCGCACCGAAGGAAGAGCUCACUGUCAAGACGAAGGAGCGGGGAGCAAGAGAUGUCACUGAACGCUUUGGCUCAGAAAGUGGAGAGCGGCAACUUUAAGCUUCGCUUCGGACUUCGCGGCCACCUGAACACAGUACGGACCCUCAUUUUCUCGGGCGGCGGAAGCCCUGGCGAGCCCGAAAUCUGCACGGCGGGCGACGAUGGCCUGAUCAAGCGGUUCCACAUUCCCCGAGGCAGUCCGCAUUCAUACAAUGCAGCUUCAGCAGUCUCCGACUUGGAUGUACAAGCUGAUUUCACGCACCGUGGCCAUAAUGGUGCUGUUCUUUGCUUGUCGUCAUGGUCGCCGUCGCCCAACUUUUCCACAGGCGGUCGAGCACAAGGAGACGGAUGGAUUUUCUCGGGCGGCCAAGAUUCUACCAUCAGGGUCUGGGAACGCGGACGAGUGGACCCGAAGGCCACCCUCGACGGCCAUACAGAUGCCGUGUGGACAAUCUGUGUUCUGCCUGCGACGCUAGGCGCUGUGUUCGGUCAACAAAACCCCUACGGGACCCCAGACCGUAUACUUGUCGCAUCUGGUGCGGCCGAUGGUACGGUCCGCCUUUGGGCUGUCAGCCAACCACCGCAACUGACCAGCCCACAACCACCUCCGGCCUCAGCUGGCCGAAGAGCUGGUGGAAGUGGGCGAGUCCGCGGCAAUAGCAUGAGUUCCGGAUCCGCAUUCCCCAGCAGUCCCCAACCAACAAUGGCAACCAACAGCCCAUUCCAUCACACCCUUGUGCACACCAUUUCUCGGCCCAAUUCUACGGCGUCGCCAACCUGCAUAACAGCACUGAGUGCUUCUGGUGAAAACUUUGUUGUCAGCUACUCGGAUGCUGCCAUUGUUGUUUAUGAUACCCGAACAGGCGAAGAGAUCGGCAGCAUGGCGAGCUUAGAGACAUAUGAUGGAUCGAUCAACACGAGUGUCAACACUGUUGUCGCUACUACCUCGGGUCUUGACCAGGGUCAACAUCAAUCAGGCCAUGGCGGCAAUGAGGAGGACUCUAACUCGGGCGGCGGGGGACCGACUGGCGGUGGAAGGCAGAUGGCGGGCAGCGGUGUCGAAGGUGUCAUAAUUUCUGGCCACGAGGACCAAUAUAUUCGGUUCUUCGAUGCCAACAGCGGCCAAUGUACAUACAACAUGGUCGCCCACCCUGCAUCUAUUUCUGCCCUGUCGCUGUCACCCGACGGCCGCGAGCUCGUCUCGGCCGGCCACGACGCCUCCCUGCGGUUCUGGUCCCUCGAGAAGCGCAGCUGCACGCAGGAGAUCACGUCCCACCGCAUCAUGCGGGGCGAGGGCGCGUGCGCGGUGGUGUGGAGCCAGGACGGCCGGUGGGUCGUGAGCGGCGGGGGCGACGGCGUGGUCAAGGUGUUUGCCAGGUAG